UUGUUUUUGAUAAAUAACGACACAGGGAGACGAUUUGUUCGAAGAUACUUUCAUAGAAUAACGAAUAAACACUUUAAAAUGUCUGAAACAGCAAACAGACUGCGCAAGCAGCUCGAAUCACCCAAUUUUGAUCCACAAAACUAUGUAAAACAGCUCUCACAGCAGUCAGAUGGAGAUCGAGAUCUUCAAGAACACAGACAGAAGAUACAAACGCUGGCUGACGAGACCGCACAGAAUCUCAAGAAAAAUGUCUACAAGAAUUACAGGCAGUUUAUCGAGACUGCCAAGGAGAUUUCAUACCUGGAAAGUGAGAUGUACCAACUGAGUCAUAUACUGACUGAACAGAAGAGCAUCAUGGAGAGUAUCACCCAGGCUUUGCUGUCAACUGACAAGGAUGAAGCAGCCAAAGAAAUGCUUACUGCUUUCCCCAAAGAAACCGAGGAGGUGAAGCAAAGAACCCUGACGACACUUUUGGAGAAAGUCGAAGGUUGCAAGAACAUCAUGGAGACACCUGGCCGAUAUCUGGUCUACAACGGCGAUCUUUUUGAAUACGAUGCUGACAACAUGUCGCAGUUACAGAAAGUGCACGCCUUCUUGAUGAACGACUGUCUGCUUAUAGCCACCUGGCUACCAAAUCGUCGCGGUGCAGUCAAGUACAAAUACAAUGCUCUUUAUGACCUGGAGAGCUUUGCUGUCGUCAAUGUCAAAGACAACCCUCCCAUGAAAGACAUGUUUAAGAUCCUGAUGUUCCCGGAUAGUCGCAUUUUUCAAGCAGAGAACAGCAAGAUCAAAAAGGAGUGGUUGGAGAUUCUGGAUGAGACUAAGAAAUCCAAAGUGAAGGACCGUAACAAGAAAGAAGAGGAGGUUCCUAAGUCUCCAGUCAGGCCGGAGGUCACUGCACUCUCCACCAACCCAUUUGAUGAGGAGGAAGCUCUUGACACAGAGGAAAUUGUGGAUUUAAGUCCAGAGUGGAUUCAGGAACUCCCAGAGGAUCUUGAUGUCUGUAUUGCUCAGCGAGAUUUUGAAGGGGCAGUGGACCUAUUGCAGAAGCUCAAUGAGUACUUGAAGGACCAGCCAGUGACUUUGAAGGUCAAAGAGCUGAAGGGGAAAGUGGAUAACCGAGUUCGGCAGCUGACCGAGGUCUUGGUGUUUGAGCUUUCACCGGAUCGCUCACUGCGUGGUGGACCGAAAGCGACACGCCGCGCUGUUUCACAGUUAAUCCGACUUGGCCAGUCCACCAAAGCUUGUGAUCUGUACCUAAAGAAUCGAGCUGCUGCAGUGCACACAGCCAUCCGUCAGCUGCGCAUCGAAGGGGCCACAUUGUUAUACAUCCAGAAGCUUUGCAACGUUUUCUUUACUGGAUUGCUAGAAACAGCCCGGGAGUUUGAGACUGACUUUGCAGGAGACACAGGCUGCUAUUCUGCUUUUGUUGUCUGGUCUCGCUCGGCAAUGCGGAUGUUCGCAGAUGCCUUCAGCAAACAAGUCUUCGACAGCAAGGAGAGCCUGACGACAGCUGCUGAAUGUGUCAAGUUGGCGGAAGAGCACUGCAAGCAGCUAAGCGACAUUGGACUGGACCUGACAUUCAUCCUGCAAUCUCUUCUUGUUAAGGACGUCAAGGCAGCUCUUCAGUGCCAGAAAGAUGUCAUCAUCGAGGCCACCAAGCACCGCAACUCCGAGGAGAUGUGGCGCAGAAUGAACCUGAUGACCCCUGAAGCUCUCGCCAAGCUCAAAGACGAAAUGCGAAACUGUGGCAUUAUCUCCUUCAAUCAGUACACCGGCGACGACUGCUGGGUGAACCUCAGCUACACUGUUGUGGCUUUUACCAAGCAGAUGAUGGCGUUUCUGGAGGAAGGCCUGAAACUCUACUUCCCUGAGUUGCACCUGGUGUUCCUCGAGAGCCUGAGAGAGAUCAUCCUGGUGGCCGUGCAGCACGUCGACUACAGUCUGCGCUGUGAGCAGGACUCUGAGAAGAAAAGCUUCAUCCUGCAGAACGACUCAUUCCUACAUGAGACUGUGCUUCCAGUGGUGGAGCGCAGGUUUGAGGAAGGUGUCGGCAAACCAGCCAAACAGCUGCAGGACCUCAGGAAGGGAUCCAGGUCUGUUAGAGUUAAUCCAGAGAGUACCACGUCUCUGGUGUGAUGUGAACCACCAUGACUGAAGACUGUGUGACUACACAUUAAUAAUAAUACUAACUGAAUCUUUCAUACUUGUUUUGCUUUCAAGGUGCAUUGGUCAAAUUUUAAUGAUAGAACAUUUAUAAAUAUCUAGAGAACACAAAGAAACAGCAUUGUUGAAACUGUCUGAUCAACUGAUGUGUUCAGCAAGCCUGAGAAAAACACAGCAUGAGUUGGCUUGUUCACCUUUAUCCUGUCUUUCAUGCUAUAGGCAUGCUUUCAGAAGCAAUUCACAAUAAAUUUUACUACUCACAAAUAGAAACAUGUCAGACUAUCCUGCCAAGGGACUCAAAUUGUAUAAAAUUUUGCUUAAGGGGUAAGCAUGAUCUGCUGCUGUAGUUCACUUUGUAAGCACUGAAGCAAAAAUUUUACCCUUUGCACCUUUAAAUGAAUACAUUAACCAGGUUUACACACUAAAGAUCAUUUGACUGCUUUCACUGGGUUUUAUUGGACGUCUGAUAACUUAGAUUUAUUAUUUACAUGCACUGCUAGAAACGCAUCAACUGUAUUUUUGUAUCUGUUGCUGAUAAUCAGUUAAUAAUGUACAUCAUUAAAAUAAUUGAACGAUGUAUAUGUCAUUUAUGCUGUUUUGUUUAUAAGGAUGUGACUUUACACCCCUAAAUACAUCUGUCUUGUCUUUAUUAAUGAUAUUUAGUAACUACAGUAGAGUUAUGCAUGUUGACACUGCUACUAAUAAUUAAGAUCACAUUGUAUGUCUCCACAUUAACUGCUAACAUUAGCUUUAAAUGAAUUUAAUUUUUUAUCAUUUAAAUAAUAAUAAUAGAUUAUGUAAAAAAUCAGUGGUAGGGUACUAGACCUGAGCAAGGCCCUUAACCCUCAGUUGCAUUGAAUAAGUUGCAAUUAUGAGUCCCUUUCAAUAAAAGCAUUUGCUAAA